AUGCCUACAAAAAAUCAAUUGAUUCGUCAUGGUAGAGGAAAACGGCGCACGGACCGUACUCGAGCUUCGGAUCAAUGUCCAGAAGCAGGAGUAUGCCUGCGUGUUUCGACGAGAACACCGAAAAAACCUAAUUCAGCUCUACGUAAGAUAGCAAAAGUACGGUUGAGCAAUCGACAUGAUAUAUUUGCUCACAUUCCAGGCGAAGGUCAUAAUUCGCAGGCUUCUAUAGUCUUAGUCAGAGGAGGUAGAGUGAAAGAUUCGCCAGGUGUGAAAUCCCAUCGUAUUCGAGGAGUCAAGGAUUUGCUGGGAAUUCCGGAUCGUAGAAAGGGAAGAUAAUAUGGUGCAGAAAGACCAAAAUCGAAAUGAAUGGAAGAUGCCUCUGGAACUUUUUGGUUAUUUUUGGGGGGCAAUAUGGAAGCAGCUAGCUCCCUUUCCCUUAUUACGUUACCAGCCCACCGCUAUUCCAAAACCGUACAUGAAACCUUAGCUUCAUAUGGCUCCUCUAUGAUCAGAAAAAAGGAAAGGAUUGUUUCGUUUCGGUAUUAUCCCCUGGGCGUAGAUAGAAUUAGGUAAGAUAAAUUGAUUGGAAAGCCCUAAAUUAGACCCAAGCAAUUCCGUCUGCUAGAAUAACAAAAAAGCGCUUCCGAAUUGAUCUCAUCCUUUAUAUAAUAAAAUGAGAAUUUUUCUUUGUUCGGUAAUAACUUAAUAUUGGAAUAAAACACUCGUUAUAGCAAUUAAUAAAUGGAAAGAAUUGGGCAUUAGUUCAUGAGGAAUUCUGUAUGAAUAGGGAUAAAGAAAGGAAAGAAUAAAUAAAGAUCCUUUUUUGUAUUGCAUUCCAUAUCUUUUGUCCUAUUCUUCUUUCCCCGGGAAGGGUAUACUUAAAUCGAAAAAAAGAAUAAAGGGUUAAUUCGUUCUUGAUAGCCAUUUCCUUAACAAGUGAAUGGGAACAUACUCUAGACCGGAAUCCGAAGAAAGUACUACUUGAUCAUUUCCACCAAUUUCAAGUCCUUAUUACGAUUCCUUUUAUGAGGAAAAAUGUCUAAUGAUUUAGAUUCUCUCAUUACUAAUCCUGUAUGUACUUUAGUGUUCCUAAUCCCUCACUAACUUUUGAUGGAUUGCCUUAUGGUUAUAAGUUAUAGUAAUAACUCAAAAUAUUCUAGUAAUGGAAUUCCAUAUCGCGAAUCCUUUAUUCUUGCCCGCUUCAAGAUAUGAUGACUAAUCAAACAAUCUCAACCUUGGGGUAAAGAGUUUACACUGCUUAUGUUUACUUGAACUUUUUUCUUGUACGUAGGAAAUGAGAUUUUGUAUUUUUACUACAAAUUAAUAAGCUGUUUUGUUUCACUCAUAUAGCUAUCUAGUUUAACUUACCAACCCGAAUACAGAAUAAGCAAAGGAAGAUAAGCAUUCAA